AUGACGACCAGUGAAUUCGUUGCUGCGCUGCAGAGAUUUGUAAGUCGGCGUGGUUUGGUGCAUCAACUACAUUCUGAUAACGGUACCAAUUCCCGUGGUGCUCAACAUGAGCUUCAUCAACUGUAUCAAGCGUUUAAACAGGAACAAGAGACCCACCAAAUUGAAUCCUUUUGCUCGUCGAAGGGCAUUGAAUGGCACUUUAUUCCGGCAGAUGCUCCUGAGUUUGGCGGUAUUUGUGAGGUGGCAGUGAAGUGCAUGAAAACCCACUUGAAAAGAAUUGUUGGAGCCACAUCUUUGAAUUUUGAGCAGUACGUGACCAUUCUGUCGGAAAUAGAGGCAAUCCUGAACUCCCGUCCACUAUUUGUGACUAAAUCAGAGCCUAACGGUUUCGAAGUAAUUACGCCCGCACAUUAUCUUAAUGGUCGUCCGCUAACUGCAAUACCAGAGCCCUCCUACGAAGAUAUUAAGACGAACCGAUUAGACAAGUGGCAGCAUCUGCAGAUGCUUCGAGAGCAUUUUUGGAAGGCCUGGUCUCGAGACUACCUCAGUUGCUUGCAAUCUAGAAAGAAAAAUCAGAAGCUUGAAGCGAAUGUAAUUCCUGGGAUGGUUGUACUGGUGCACAACCGAAACUUGCCCCCUCUACAGUGGAAGCUUGGAGUAGUGACUAAAGUGUUUCCAGGAGUCAACGGACUCGAAAUAAAUAUUUCAAAGCGGCGCAGUAUGUUCGGUUUACUGAAGAAGUCAUGCGAUGCUUAA